CAAUGUGGUUCCAUCACUAAUUUCACAGAAAGAAAAGGAAGAAAAUUACAUGAGAAGCAGCAAGGAAAAACUAUAUUUUCUUCGCCCAUCAAAUUGAAUUAAUUCAAUAUUCAACAUUUGUUAACGAAUUCAGGUAACAAAGCCAACUCAGUCCAAAACAGAGAGCCAAUAAUACAACUUGUGAGCAGUGAACGAUUAAGAGAGCAGCGGCAAGAAGACAGAAAAAAUUGACGAAGGCAAAUUCAUUUCGACUGCGGCGCUGAAAGAGGCGCCCUCGGCCUCGCUCUAAUCGCCAUAGGCAAUUAACGUCACCAGCGGCCCAUUUUACAAUAGACUGCGGCUUGCAUCAGUCAUAUGGUCUACCACACCAUGGACGAGUCGGAUGAUUCUCGCCCCAGCUCGGGUUCCAAUUCGUCAGAAUCCUGUUCAAAUUCUCCCAUUAAGGAAACGUCAAAUGCAAAUUCCGGUCAUGGCAUAUCAGUCAAUUCUCAGAACAUGGACAGAUCUGUGCGAGCCGGAUCCACUAGUAGCUCGUCAUCCAAUUCUAGUUCCAGUUCCAGUCGCAGUGGCAUAUCCAAGGGUUUGACAAAGAAAAGCUCCAGCAGUAGUAGUGGCAGUGGAAGUGGCAGCAGUAGUGGAAGCAGCUCCUCCAGUGAGGAUGAAGGCGAUUCAACUAGGCCUCCACCGCCGGCUGAAAUAGCAGCUUCAAUUGCUGCUGCAAGUGCAUUGACAAGUGCAGAAGGUCAAGCAGAAGCUGUACUCAAAUCACAAUCACCCUCAUCGGGACACAGUCGCAGCCGUAGUCGUAGCCGCAGUCGCAGCAUUAGUCCACAGUUGUACAAUCAAGCUGCCGUGGAUCUCAAUAUAAGUCACGAAGAUCUAAGCGAUGUGAGUGACAUUGAGGCAGAUGAGAAGCGGGCGCCGUCCAAAAAUUCACUCAAUCUUGAUGAGGAUGAGGAUGAGGACGGAGCCAUCUCGGAUGACUCAUUGCCGGCGCAGGUUAAUGGCAAGGCCAAGACUAGUAGCGAAGAUGACACUCAAACGUCUCAUAAGUUGGAAGAACCUCCUUCUUCUAAUGGCCGUGCAGUGGUUGACGCAAAGGUGCUUGAGGAUCUGGUUAAGACCCACGAUGAUGAUGAUGCCCUUGACUUUGAGGCCGAGGAGGGCGAAUGUCCCGAACUUAGUAACAAAGUUGUGGGUGUCGAUGUAGAUGGAGAAGCUGAAGAAACACCUGAUGAAACGAACAAAGCCAAGCUAAAUGACAACGAAGAUGGCGAGGCUGAGAAGGAUGAGGAAGCAAAGGAGGUUGAGGCGGCGGCCAACAAGAAAAAGCAACAUGAUGAAGAGGAACUAGAAGAGGGCGAAGUAUCUGAUGAGGAUGAGAAGCGUCCAGAGGAGACAGAACCAAAGCCAGUGUGUCGUUUUUAUACGCGUGGCCAAUGUACUUGGGGCAUGAGCUGUCGCUUUUUGCAUCCAGGCGUGACCGACAAAGGCAAUUAUACCAUGUUUGAGAGUCUGGUUCGUUCGGUACCCAUGCAGGGUGGUGGGGCUGGCGGUGGAAGCAGCGUUGGAGCUGGCGUCAGUGGUGCCGGUGUUGGUGGUGGUUUAACCAGCGGAUCACGUGUGCCUAGUGGUGUAUACAGUUCACAUGCAGCAGCUACCGACUAUCACGAUUAUCGGAAUGAGCGCCCGCCACUGCAUCAUCGGUCAUCGGCUAUUGUCCAUCAUGGUCCAAGCAUCUAUGGUGGGGGCCAUCAUGAGUCGUCUCGCCCGGUACUUUUGCCAUCGGAGGUGCCUGUUGUGGUGGAGAAUGCCUGGGAGCGAGGCUUACGCACUGCGAAGGAAAUGAUGCGUAAGGCCAAUAAACGCAAGGAGCAGGAUAUGGAUUUCGAGGAUAAAAAAAUGAAUCUGACACUGUCGCCCGACGAGCUGGAAAAGGAUCCCUAUUAUCUUAAGGAGCGUGGCGGCGGUGUCGCUUCUCCACCCCCGCCGAAUGCGUACUCGGUUUUUGGUCCACCUCUGCCCGAGCGCUAUGGGUCGCGUGGCCAGUACAUGCCACCGCCGUACGAGGAUGUCGAUGCCUAUGGCAGGAUGGCCCGUUACCGUGAGCUACCACCGCAUCGCAUGCCACAUUAUGAGGACGAUCGUCGUUUGCGUCCUGCACGUGAGGUGAUCGUACAACGUGUCGAGGCUGUUGGUCGUGGUGAUGAAUGGAGCGAUCCUUGGAUGCGUUCAAAAUCGAUGGGACGUGGCUCCUAUGAGCGCGAAGAGCGUCGUCGUCGCGAUCGUCGCAGUUAUAGCAGCAAUUCGUCGUAUUCCACAUCGAACAGUUCGCAAAGUGAGUCAAGUUCAGAUUCAUCACGUUCCAGCAGCCCAUCCGAUCAUAAGCGACGCUAUGGGGGAUCGGCUUCACAUCACAAAAUGAUGUCAGCGUCAUCCUCAACACGUCGACACCAUCCAGGACGAACGGGUGCACGUUCACCAAGUCAGAUACCAAGACGCCCCAGGAACUCAUCGAAGACGAGCCUAUCGCCAUCGUAUAAGCGUCCUGCUCUGGAAAAGCGUGGCGCUGGCGGUCAUAGUCCAGCUUCGAAACGAAAAAAACUAACAUCGCCGCCGGUGCCUAAGAAAUUUGAUAAGUUAAGACGUCGCCGUAGUUCCAGCACUUCAGAUUCAGAUUCCUCGGAUACCUCAUAUUCCGAUUCGGACUCGGGGUCCUCAUCAUCGGAUAGCUCGUCAAGAUCGCGUGAGACGCCUCAAAAGCAGCGUGUACGUGCCACAGACAAGGCUCUCAAUGAGCGUAAAUUAAUUAAAAAGCCUGCUGAACAACCAACUAAGAAACGUUCACCUAUUUCCAUUGAGAUUAAGAAGACAUCGAACAUGGUCGGUGUCUCGGCGCUGGCCUCACCCACCAACUCAGCCGAUUCCGAUAAGGAGAAGGAUCACAGCAAUAGCAACAAAGAUAAGGACAAGGAAAAGGAGAAGGAUGGCAAAAAAUCGCGUCGCGAAGAGCUGCUCAAGCAAUUGCGUGCCGUUGAGGAUGCCAUUGCUAAGAAGCGUUCCAAGCUAUCCUGAUAACCUGUUAAUCGAGGACAACUAUCAUUUACAUUUACAAUUACAAUUAUAUUUACAUUUAA